AUGGUUCUGGUAGCAUUCACCUUUUGUAGUAGAACUGGUGGCAAUGGGUUGUCAGACGGUGUGAUCAGGAGGGUCAACAGGAAUUAUGGAUCCAUGAGUGACAAUGUGGAUAAAAUAGUUUUUGGUAGUCAAGGUUUCUUCGGAAGUCACUGGGAGCGACUGAGAGGGUGUUCUUUAGUUCAACAACCGGGUGGGGGUCCGGUAUUUCAAAUAAGGGCAGAUCAGUUGGGACCAGGGUGGCCUCGAUUCAUCCAGAAAGCGGAUAAGGGACAACAUGAUGUUCAGAUAGAAGUGCUCAUCGAAACUAUUUUUAUGGAGCAACCUCCGGGGUUUAUUGAUCCAAAAUUCCCUGAUCACGUGUUUCAUCUCAAGAAAGCUUUAUAUGGCCUUAAACACGCUCCAUGCGAUUGUCGUGCUGACACUUCGCUAUUUGUUCUUCACACAGGUGUCUGUGCACUUUAUCUACUGGUUUAUGUUGAUGAUUUAAUUCUUACAAGGAAUAACCCAACUUCUAUAAGGAACUUUAUUACUCGCCUUCAUCAAGAAUUCAUAAUCAAAGAUCUUGGUCCACUUAGUUAUUUUUGGGGCCUUGAUGUUGUUUACAAUAUCGAUGGUCUUUUUCUCAGUCAAGCCAAGUAUGCCCAUGAUGUGCUAGUUCGAGCCGGUCUUUUGAGCUCUAAACCAGUUGCUACUCCACUUUCUAAUACUGAUUAUCUCACUACUGCUGGAACUCCAUUUAAUGAUCCAACCACUUGUCGCUCUGUGGUUGGUGGUCUUCAAUAUCUUACUAUUACACGACCAGACCUAUCUUAUGUAAUUAAUCAAGUUAGUCAAUUUUUGCACACUCCAACUUUAGAUCAUUUUCAAGCCGUCAAGUGCAUUCUCCGGUAUGUAAAAGGCACUAUCUCGUACAGUCUAACCUAUGACUAUUUGAUCUUUCUUGGAGGAAAUCUUGUUUCAUGGUGUGCAAAGAAACAACAUGUGUCCCGAUCCAGCUGUGAAUCAGAGUAUCGUGUCAUGGCUAAUACAAUUGCAUAA